AUGGGUGGAUUAGAGAAAGAAGUUUAUCGAGAGGGAGAGAGGGAGGGCGUGCAAAUGAGGACAGUGAAGAUAGGAGGGGUAACGAUUACUCUAAUGAAAACAGCGUACAAAGUGUACGCGAUGAUGUUGGUAGAUAGGCUGCAAAAGGAUGUCGAGGGGAAAGGAAUACUGCCGGAGACACUGGCGGGCUUUAUGGAGGGAAGGCAUACUAUCGACAGUAUUUACGUCUUGCAGCACGUGGUCGAUAUAGAAUUAGCUAAAAAGGGUGUGAAAGUACACGCGUUUUUUGUAGAUCUAAAAGGCGCGUUCCCUUCAGUGGAUAGGGAGAGAUCGUGGGAGGCGAUGGAAGAGAGGGGAGUAAAAGGGCCUGACGAAAGGGUAAAGGAGGUAUAUAAAGAGACGUAA